UGUCGAUGUCUCCAACAGUUCCUUUUGUGUGAGCCAACAGAUAUGGCCCGACUGUUGCUGCUGGCUCUCCUGCUGGUCUGUAGCGAACAGGACCAAUAUGGGAAUCGCACCCUUCAGGAAUGGGAGGUCGCUGGGGAAAACUGUCCCUACUACCCCCUGAUCCCCAUUCUGGUUGAGGUGGUUCCUGAGCAUGUGCCUGGUCAUCACCUGCGACGUGGAUCCUCUCCACCCUUGGAGGCGGGGCGAUUGGGUGUUCCUGUUCCGCUACUGUUGCCGCUGUGCAGUCGGCCGCUGUGGUUGAAGUUACCAGCGGCGGGGGCACGGUGCCAGCAGUCAGCAGUAUCGGAUCCCACUCAAACUCGUCUUCAGUAUCAGUCCCUGACGCGGAAUCAGAGGGUGAAUCUGACAGGUCCGACAAGUGUGCUCUGUGAGUUCGCUGUUGUUGUUGCUGGUUCUGGUUUUUCUGGUGCUGGUGCUGCUGCUGCUGUGGGUGCUGUUGAUGUGAGUGUGGGAGACGAUGCUGCUGCUGUUGUUGGUGAUGUUGCUGGUUCUGGUUCUGCUGGUGCUGUGACUGCAGUGGUUGUGGUUGCGGGUGUUGAUGGUGCUGUUGCUGUUGCAGGGGUUGCUGCUGCUGCUCUUGGUGGAUGCAGUGCUGCUGCUGCUGUUGGUGUGCUGAGGCCGAGGUGCUGGCCUGCCCUGUCUGUUGCUGCUGCGGAGUCAGCAUUUGUGGUUGUGGGUGUUGCUUCCGUUGAUGCAGCUGCCCGUGCUGUUGCUGUUGCUGUUGGUGGUGGAGCGGUGCAGGGGCUUUGUCUUUCUGAGGUCCAGCCACACCCGGAGACGAUCUUCCCCCUUGGCCUUGUUUUGUUGACCUCUUCCUCCUCCAUGGCCGGUGCCAUGCGCUCAAUUGAUGCUUUGGUCGUGUCUCCACCAUCCAGCACUGCAAUCACCAAGGCAGACUGCAGAAAUGGCUUACAAGACCCCCCCUACCAAUGCCAGAAACAAGGCAAUGCAUCCUGUACGUCUCUACGGGGUUCGUUUUGGAGAGCGCCAUUCAAUGGCAGACGCAUUGGAGAGUGCCUCUCAGGAAGUUUUCAAAGUCAUGGUAACCGUGAAGAUUGGAAUAGGCGGCUGAAGACUCUGCAUUACGUUCCCCUCCAAGACAAGAAUGUGGGCUCACUGUUUAGUCCACAAUGUGCUAGUUGCAGCCUGGGAACACAGGCCUAUAGGCCAGCAAUGAGAGCACCCAGGCACCGAGGAACGGGGCAGGAUGGUCAUAGAAUGGGUAUUGUGACAAAUGUUAGCUCUGUCGAGGAGGAUGUUGCUACAGAGAAUGAAGAGACUAGCGUAGAGGAUCAGAUGCCCAGGGCUAUCUUGAAGAGGUUUCCAGCAUUUCUCAGGCAAAGCUUCAGGUUUGAUGAUCUGGGCAGCGAAAUAGCCUCCAUUGCUCUUCCUGCUCUGUUUGCUCUUGCUGCUGAUCCAAUUGCUUCCCUGGUGGACACUGCAUACAUUGGAAAGCUAGGUGCUGCGCAGCUAGGAGCGGUGGGCAUCUCCAUCUCAGUGUUCAAUCUCAUGUCGAAGGUUUUCAAUGUACCUCUUCUCAAUGUGACGACCUCCUUUGUUGCUGAAGUUGAAGCAACUUCUUCAGGCAAGGAUGGGUUCAAAGGUGGUGGAGUUUUGGGGAGAAGCGAGAACCGGAAAAGGAAAUCGGAGAACCCUGCAGUGUCGUCGGCGCUUGUUUUGGGCUGCGUUUUGGGACUCUGUGAAGCGCUUUCACUCUACUUCGCCACAGAGCCAGUCCUAAGCCUAAUGGGAUUGCCUAUGGAUUCUGUAAUGCGCCCUUUUGCACGGGAAUACUUGUCUAUACGGGCAAUGGGAGCGCCAGCUGUCGUGGUCUCAUUGGCUACGCAGGGUGCAUUUCGAGGCUUUGGAGAUACCAAGUCACCACUCUAUGGAACAAUUUUUGGAAACGUUCUGAAUUGCAUAUUGUGCCCAAUUUUAAUCUUUGGAGCGGGCUUGGGUGUUCGCGGCGCAGCAAUGGCGACAAAUAUAUCAGAGUACUUAAUGGCGGGUUACCUUUUAUAUUCAUUAGGAUUACGUUGUUCUCUUGUUCCCCAAAGCUUGUCAUCUCUGAAAUUUGGCAGAUUUCUUGGUGCUGGGAGUCUUCUUCUCGGGCGGUCUGUCGCCCUUCUUUCCAGCAUGACAAUUGCUACAUCAAUGGCUGCUCGGCUGGGCACUGUCGCAAUGGCGACUCAUCAAGUCUGCGUGCAGGUGUGGCUGGCAGCAUCACUGCUAGCAGACUCGCUAGCACUUGCAGGACAGUCCAUUUUGGCAGUGCCACGUCAGCAGUGCCACGUCAUUAACAUGACGGGCCUGCCAGGCCAACUGGCCAAUGAGCCCAUUGCCGACUACAAAAAGCGCUUCCAUGCUCAGCUCGCUCUAAUCGAGGCUGAGGAACAACGCCAGCUGGCAGCCAAGGCUGCCCAGCUACAGGCUGAAGAAGCGGCAACAGCAGAGAAGCUGCGUCUACAGGCCGAAGAAGACGCAGAUGCCCAGGCUCACCGAAAGGAAGCCCAGGGUCUGCUGCAGCGGCAUGAAGCCAACAACAUCGAGAAACUCAAGUUCUGGCACUUUGAACCGAACGGCGACGAGCCAACACCGGAAGAACAGCAUAAGGAGUUCAUGGCCAAGCUCGUGAGCAGGUUGGUUUACACGUGUAACCACCAGCAGUCCGAGCUGGCAAACCUCUUGCGGGCCGUGCGGAAUCAUAAGACUCAGCACGAGGAUGCCACACGGGCACUGGACGCCCGUGUACUGGGCCUGGAACAGGCUGUACCAGGACCAGAUGCUGGGGCUUCCAGCAGUGCAUCCUCUAGCCGCCAACUGGAGGAACGCGUGGACCACGUAGUGGAAAUGCUCGGCGACAUCAGCACCUUCGCUGCGCCGACCACCAUCAGUAGUCAGCUGCAUACCUUGAAGACCGAGGUCCAGCAGUUGCAGUCGACGAACGCAGAUGACUAUCCGAAGAUGUACAAGAUGCCAACUUUCCAACUGGACAAGUUCGACGACUACACGCAGCGGGAUCCGAUUCUCUGGUGGGAGGCAUUCACGACGCAACUCAGGAUUCUGCCUGUCGCCAAGCAUGCGUACAUCGGCGCCCUGUUCCUGAACUCAAAGGGAGGAUGCCAGACCUGGUUGAGCCACCUGGCAACCUCCCACGGCGUCGACGUACCGGACUUGAAGGACAAAAUUACAUGGGAGGAACUGACACGGCUGUGGAAGAAACGGUUCAUCGUCGACGACGCGCCGUCACUCGCCAUCAACCGUCUGUUCACCAUGUCACAGGGCAGCACUGCAACACGGAAUUGGCUCACGGAGUGGCAGAAGAUUGCGGCGGUGCCCAAUCUGGAAUUGGCAUUCACGCAUCUACGCCGUGAGUUCUACAACAGGUCCUGUGCGGCAUUGAGCCAGGCUCUUGGUGAUCGCGAGCAGUACUCAACUUUCGCUGAGAUCAUUGACAAGGCGAGGGAAAUCAUUAAGACCAACAGGUCAGCUGCACACGAGAAGUCAACAUGGCAGUCAACCUAUGUGGAGAAGGUACGAACUGGUCCGCGACAGCAACACUUCGCUGCAGUCCAGUCGGACAGUGGAGAUAACCCAGCACCCACUCCAGCAUCAAGUGAUGGAGAUCAGGUGGCUGCUGUCCAGCCGCGAAGCAACAACAAGCCCCGCAACAAUGGGAAGGCGAAAUCCGCAUCGCAGGCCGGAAAUGGACAGCCAGUACAAGUUUCAUGGGUCAAGUUCGGCUUGACCGAGGCGGAGUACAAGGUCCGCGACCGCUACGGCAGUUGCUAUUGGUGCAACAGCACCAAGCACAAGACCUCCCUGUGCCAGGAUCAGGGCAAGGAGGAUGCCAAGUACAAAGCAAACCGCGACAAGUGCGAGUUCGCACAGCAGGAGCUGGAGUACUUGGGACAUUAUGUGACGCCGCAAGGCAUCCGUCCGCUUGCGGACAAGAUCGAGGCCCUAAGAGUAUGGCUCGAGCCCACCAACACCACGGACGUUCGUUCAUUCAUGGGAUUGGCGGGCUACUAUCAUCGAUUCAUCACCGGAUACUCAAGGAUUGCUGCACCUAUGACGAGGUUACGAUUGCCAAAGGUGCCAUUUGUAUUCGAUGACGACGCACGCCGGUCAUUCCAAGCACUUAAGACGGCCAUGCUCAUGAUACCCGUCCUCAGCAUCUAUGACCUCACCUUGCCGACAAGAGUGACUACGGACGCUUCCGGCUAUGGCAUUGGGGCAGUCUUGGAACAGCACGACGGCGACGACUGGCACCCUGUGGAGUAUUUCAGCCACAAAGUGCCUCCCAUCAACUCACUUGAUGAUGCAAGGAAGCAGCUACUCGCGUUCGUCAUGGCUCUUAAGCGAUGGCGGCACUUCCUCCUUGGGCGUCGUAGGUUCACAUGGAAAGAUUGGGUUGACCGCCUCCCCGACAUCGAGUUCGUUUACAACACUUCGGUGCACCCGGUGAUCGGCGUGACUCCAUUCGAGUUGCACCACGGUGGACGGAAAGGACGUAUCUUCGCCGACCUUCUCCUCCCUCGACGAGCCGACAUUGACGCUGCCUGCUCUCCCGCUUCCGUCCGGAAGUACAGGGAAUUGCUGACUCAAGCCCGUGCAAAUAUGCAAAAGGCUCAAGUCCACAUGCAGCAGCAAGCCAGCAGGCGUCGCGUACCAUGUCCCAUCCGCGCCGGUGAUCUGGUUUGGGUCUCCGCGGAAGAGUUUGCACUGGAACAGGAGGUCUCACGCAAACUGCUUCCCAAGUGGUUUGGACCUUGGUCUGUGACAGCAGCCGCGGGCGAUGAGCCCGAUGGCCCUUCAUUUGUGAUCAACAUUCCAGAGCAUCUGACGGUCCAUCCGGUCUUCCACGCCUCGAAGCUGGCAACWUACACGCCAGCCAAGAGCGACGACUUUCCGGGCCGACGAUUGCAGGACCCUCCCUCUAUGGAUGGUCAUCAGGAAGUUGACCGCGUCAUCUCCGAUCGCAAGUACGGCAGCAAGCCGCGGCAGUGUAAAGUCACAUUCARAGCAUGCGAUCGCGACGACACUCGGUGGAUWUCAGGCGCAGAUUUGAAAGCAUCCGCACCGCUGAUCUACGCGCAUUAUGAAAAGCGSAGGUUAGCUCAGGAAGCUUCACGACCAGCCCCUCCCACCCGGACUGUGGUCCCUCCCUCAGACAGACAGCUUCGCCCUCGCAGACUGGACAUUGGGAUUCAGACAUUUCGACKAGGGACYAUUUGGGCCUAUGCAAUUCCUCGAGCCUUCACGCAGGAUCCAGCAGUUCUCAGUGGCAUAGCCGUCAUCAUCCCAUUCGUGGCGGGUACACAAACCCUGAACUCGCUCGCAUUUGUCUUUGAUGGCAUCCACUAUGGUGGCUCAGACUUCAAAUAUGCAGCAUACACCACGAUAGCUGCUGUGGUCCCCUCCAUUGCAGUCAUUAUAUUUGCCCCGGCAAAGCUAGGUUUACCUGGGGUCUGGAUGGGUUUGACAAUGCUCAUGAGUCUGCGCAUGCUGUCCGGAUUCACGAGGUGGGUUGCAAUCACUCUUCCAUGAUACUCUUCCAUGCAAAAUACAGCCAAAUAAAAGCAAUAGCUGACAAUGAAGUCAAAUGUUGGCG